GAGCUGAGGGGUUCGCUGUGAUGUAGCAAGUGAGAUUUGUUGUUGCUGUUGAUGCCGUCGUCGUCGUCGUCAUUGGAGCUCGAGCUCGACGAGCUCGCGCAGGAAGAAAACUUCAAAGCCGGUGCGCUUGGGAGCCCCAUUUGCAGCUGUCUUUACCUCUGAGAGACUGCUUAGGACAAAGGGAGGAAGGGAGAGAGAGAGCUGCAGUGCUCUUACUUGGGGAUAGUGAGCGUCGGCGCCCUUGGUAGCGCCGUAAACAGUGCCAGGGAGGGAGGGAGAGGAGGGUUUUAGGCUCCUGGAAUGUGGAGGUAGGGUUUGGACCCCGGAGGUGCGCCAGUUUCAAAAUGCGAAGCCCUGGCUAUUGCGAGUCCUGGCAGGAAGGGAAAUGUUACGCGUGCCGCUCCUCCUCAUCGCGUAGCGUGUUUCUCCCUCGUUUCUAGAAGGGGAAAAGAAAGAGUGGUGUCGAGUGAUUGCGCGAGUUAGAUAGAUAGUUUGCUUGUUUUAUUUUUUAAAUUUCAUUUUUAAUUUUGCACGCGAGAGUGCGUCCUUGGUUCGUUCAAAUAUGGAGGGAGCGUCGAUGUCGACCAAUCCGCGGACAGUCGAUGAGGUUUUUAAGGACUUUAAGGGGCGGCGAUCGGGAAUGCUCAAAGCUCUCACGACCGAUGUUGAAGAAUUUUAUCGGCAGUGUGAUCCAGAGAAGGAGAACUUGUGUUUGUAUGGUUUCCCGGAUGAAGCUUGGGAAGUGAAUUUACCGGCGGAAGAGGUUCCACCAGAACUUCCUGAACCUGCACUUGGUAUCAACUUCGCCAGAGAUGGCAUGCAGCGUAAAGACUGGCUUUCUUUAGUUGCUGUGCACAGUGAUGCCUGGCUACUUGCUGUUGCUUUCUAUUACGGAGCUCGGUUUGAUAAGAACGAGAGGGCAUUAAAGCGCACUGACUUGCCUAUCCUUGAAGAGGGACAUCCUCGUCUUAUCUCUGAGAAAAAAUGUUUUGGUGAUAUUUACAGAAAGCGUCUUUUUACCAUGAUAAAUGAGCUCCCAACUGUAUUUGACGUAGUCACGGGGAAAAAGCCUGUGAAGGAAAAGCCCGCUGUCAAUAGCUCUGGCACCAAAGCGAAAUCUGCUACCAAAGUGCAGCAGGUGACUCAAGCAAAGCCGGCAAAACCUGCUCCACCACCUCCCAAGGACGAGGAGGAACCUCUUGAUGACGAGGAUGACGAGGAACAUGGUGACACCUUUUGUGGAAGUUGCGGUGGACCUUAUACCGCUGACGAGUUCUGGAUCGGUUGCGACAUCUGUGAGAAGUGGUUCCAUGGCAAGUGUGUAAAAAUCACUCCAGCUAGAGCGGAACAUAUUAAGCAAUACAAGUGUCCAUCUUGCAGCAAUAAAAGGGCCCGUACAUAACUUACCAGGCUGUAGUUGCUGUGUAAUGCAAGCCUUAAUAGAAUGCACCCUUAGUCCCGUCCUAGACCGGUGUGCCGGAGAGAUCCUGGCGCAAGGAAGUUUGACACGGUGUUGAUGAGAUUUAGGUGUUAGCAUUCGGAAAUUCUAAGGAUCCAGCUUUCUGAUAGCCAGUGAAGGUACCCACUCGUUUUAUCAGGUAGUUUGCAGCAUAUAAAUCACAGGUACUGUGGGACUUGUUGGGUGGUUGCUUUUGCACAUGUUAAAGAAUUUGGCUAUACACUCGCGCUACUUUUCAACCUGGCA